AUGUCUGGAUGGGGAAAUGAUGGCGGCAAGGCUCUGGCCAAGGACAAGUGCCGUUCAGCCCGGGACAGUCUGCACUUCCCUGCGGGCCGUGCUCUUAGAUUCUUGUGUAAGGGGAACUCGGCUGAGCGUGUGGGUGCCGGAGCACCGGUCAAUCUGGCUGCUGUGCUUGAGUAUCUGACCGCUGAAAUCCGCGGACUGGCCGGUAACGCGGCCAUCGGGACAACAAGAAGAGCCUCAUCAUCCCCGGACACUUGCAGCUGUCCGUCCGCAACGAUCAGGAACUCAACAAGCUGCUGGGAGGUGUCACCAUCGCUCAGGGCGUGGGAGGGUGGGGGUGGAUUGCCUCCUAUCCAGGCCCGGCUGCUAUCCAGGAAAAAACAGCGCUGUGAGCUCCAAGAGCAAGUGAAGUGGACAAAGUUUCACCUGAUAAAUCCCAAAAGGCCGUUUUCAGAUCCACCCACUAUCUGUGUGAAAAGGCGGGUUACUGUCUGA